AUGAGAGAAAGCAGAGCAGAAACAGAACAAAGGUCGCCAUCUCUCGUUGGUCUUGGAUGGAUAACGUUAUUCGUACUUUACUGGUUGCAAGUUUGUCUUUUCGUCUCCUUUUUGUUAAAACAUCUGGACAAUCGUGUAUAUGCGGCGUGGUUUCUUUGGUUUGUGCCCGCAUUUGUUUUGAUACUUGUCUUCUUUCGUGCUAACGAGCAACUGUACGCAGACGAAGACGAAACUAUUUUGGCCGUUUGGAUUAUUUGGGGAACAUACAUCGUUGCUUAUGUCAUUACAGUUGCCGUGAUUUUUGGGAAGGUCGCACACAAACUUACUAAAGAUGAAGAUGUUGGGAUCAAUGCACUGUUGGGUACGCUGUGUAUUACCCCAGGAAUGCUGGUCCUCCUACUACAGCUCAUGAUUUGCCCGUCCUACCGAAAGCCUGUCCUAUCGUUGUCUAUAUUUUCUGCGUUGAAUAUCUUCGAUGGCAUUGAGAUGUUGGAAAUAUUCCUGAUGCAAAAGGAGGGAAACUUUGAUUUAGGCAAAGAUAUAGAAAUAUGCAUUGUUGUCUUCUCCUGCUUGAGCUUUUUGUUCUCCCCGUUUGGUUUGAUUCGAAAUAAGUUCAUGAUUAAUGGCGCAGUCCAAGAAAGGAAGGAACUGUUGUUCAUGGUUCUUGGUCCACUAGAGAUCAUCGGCACUAACCUCCCGUUCUUGGUGUUACGUGCCAUCAUUUGGCAUAAAUACGAAGCUGUUAUUUUUAUUGUAAAGAAUGCUGUCGCUUUGGUCGUUGGCGGAGUUGAGUUCCUCAUCCUUAAAGGCAAGUGCAAAUGUAAGGGAAACUCAACGCGAGGACAAUUAAGUGCGUAA